AUGACGGCCUCGACCUUUCCGAGUACACCCACCCUCCCUCUGGCCCGAAGUUCCGUGGUGGCCGCCCACAGCAAGAUCGUAUCGCUCGUCCACCGCACACCCGUGCUAACGUCUUCCUCGUUGUCUGAGUCACUCCCAUGCAAGAACACGCUGUAUUUCAAAGCGGAAAACCUUCAGAAGGGCGGUGCAUUCAAGUUCAGGGGAGCCAGUUACAGUUUGUCGUGCUUGACACCUGAGGAGCUCGAGAAGGGCGUUUGCACUCAUAGCUCAGGAAACCACGCCGGUGCGCUUGCGCUUGCGGCCAAGCAACGCGGAAUACCGUGCUAUGUCGUUAUGCCAGACGACUCCGCCCAGCCCAAGAUCGACGCCGUGCGCGCGUACGGCGCCGAGAUCACCUUCUGCGCCCCGACCGCCCCCGCACGCGCCGCGACGCUCGCCGCCGUCCAGGCCCGCACCGGCGCCGCCUUCGUCCCCCCGUACGACGCCGCGAACACGAUCCUCGGCGCGGGCACCGCCGCGCUCGAGCUCCUCGCGGACGCGCCCGGCCUCGCGGCCGUCGUCGCGCCCGUGGGCGGCGGCGGGCUGCUCGCGGGCACGGCGCUCGCGGCGGACGGCACGGGCGCGCGCGUGUUCGGGGCGGAGCCGGCGGGCGCGGACGACUGUGCGCGGGGGCUCGCGCGGGGCUCGCGCGUCGAGGACGUCGACGCGCGGACGGUCGCGGACGGGCUGAGGACGCCCGUGGGGGUGCUCAACUUCCCCGUCAUCCAGGAGAAGGUCGAGGCGGUCGUCACGGUCUCGGAAGAGGAAAUCUUCGAGGCCAUGCGCCUCCUCUGGGAGCGCAUGAAGAUCGUCGUCGAGCCCAGCGGCGCCGUGGCCUUCGCCGCCGUGCGCAGCCCCAAGUUCCAAGCGCUCGGCAUCACCGGGCCCGUGGGCAUCAUCCUCAGCGGCGGGAACGUGGACCUGUCUAAGCCGCCGCCAUGGACGGUGCCCGCCACGACGCCGACGUCGACGGAGUGA